GAGAUUAAGGGUUCUUUAAUCCGGUUGAAAAGCACUUUUACACCCAAAAGUGUUUUUGGGUGAAAAGUAACAGAGAACAUAUUUCAUUUGGGGCCAGUACACUAGCUUUUCUGAAGUACUUUUGGGCAGAUGAAAAAGCAGAAAAUUUCUGCUUUUCCGGCCAAAAAGUGCUUCUUAACUGGUCCUUUACUUUUUUAGCCCCACACACAAACUACUGCUGCUUCUUAGCUGGUCUUUUACUUCUUUGCUCUCAUCUCUUCUCUCGCUGGUUCUUUGUUCCUCUGCUGCUCCUUUGAUCCUCUGCUGGUGCUGGUUCUUUGUUCUUCUGCUGGUGCUGGUGCUGGUUCUUUGUUCCUCUGCUGGUGCUUUGUUCCUCUUCUCCACCACCGAUGAGUGCUUCGGCUAUUGAAGUUAGUGAUGAAAAAGUAAAAGCAAUGUGGGAUAAGAGAUUGAUAGAAAUAUUUUGUGAUAUUUGUAUUAAAGAGAUAUUGAAAGGCAACAGGCCUGGUACUCAUUUCACAAGAGAUGGAUGGUUGAAAAUAAUGACAAACUUUGAGAAAGAAACGGGCAAGGGUUUUUCACAAAGACAAUUUAAAAAUAGGUGGGAUGCCCUAAAAAAAGAAUGGAAAGCUUGGAAAAAACUUAAAGGCGAAGAUACUGGAUUAGGGUGGAAUCCUAUAAAAAGAACCGUUGAUGCAUCGGAUGAAUGGUGGGAGAGUAGGCUCCAGGUUGUGCCUGAAGCUAAAAACUUUAAAACAUCGGGCAUUGAUCCUGAAUUUGAAGGGAAGUUGGACCAAAUGUUCAUGGGGAUAGUUGCAACAGGUGAUAAAGCAUGGGCACCUUCUUCUGGUACACUCCCUACUGAUUUUUUGGAGGAUGUUAACAAUGAAAUACCUGAAGAGAAUGAAGAAGAAAAUAUGAGAAAUGAUGUUCACAUUUUAAAUGAUGUUCACAUUUCAAAUGAUGUUCAAAUUGAUGGAAACAGCAGAGAAAAGAAAAACCCCGAGAUGUCAAGUUCACAUUUUAAACUGGAAGAAAGAAAUCCUCAAAGCAAAUUGGAGGGUUGCAAGAUUGUCCAAUCAAAUAGAAAAAUUAUGCAAUGCGGUGACAAGAUGAGUCAAGCCACAUCUAGUUUGACUCUGUUAUGGAUCCAUUUGGUGAUGAGUACAGUCGAUGAUUAUAGCGGUGAUGAAAGUGACGAUGAAAGGGAAAAGAAAGAGAUUUUACAACGCAUGGAAUGUUUUAACCGAUUAUUUGUUGUUGCAUCUUCUUCCGUGCAAUUAUAUUACGAGAAGUAUAUAUUGAGGCAACCAUGCAUGGAUUCAAAACAAUCAGGUGAGACAUGGAUCCGAGAGAUCCUUGACGGUCACGAAUCACGUUGUAUGAUUAAUUUUAGGAUGUCUAAAAUGGUAUUCACAAGUUUGCUGAGAGUUUUGGAGACAAGAUACAACUUGCAAACUUCAAGAAACAUAUCUUCUACUAAAAUGUUGUGA